AUGGGCCAUAUUGAUGAUUCACUUCUUGUUGGCUAUGAUUACACAGCUUGCAAGAAAAAUGUUCAUGACACUGUGGACACUUUUUGUAGCUUGGGUUUUAUUAUACACCCAGAUAAAUCAAGCUUUGAACCAAAACAGGAAAUAGAAUUUCUUGGGUUUUUACUAAAUAGUGUUCUCAUGACCAUUAGGCUCCCACCAUCUAAAGCCAGUUAUGUAAAGAAGACUUGUGUAGAGUUACAGAAGCAGACACAAGUAACCAUCAGGGGGCUGGCCCAUGUUAUAGGCCUUUUAGUUUCAAGCUUACCCGGGGUACAAUUUGGGGAACUACAUUACCGACAGUUGGAAAUCAAUAAAACUGCAGCAUUGCAGAGAAAUAAAGGAAAUUAUGAUGCUAUCAUGCACUUAACAAAAGACUCCAGGUCUGAGUUGACUUGGUGGAUACAGAAUAUAGAAACAUCAUAUAAAAAUAUCACUGUAUCCAACCCUGAUAUCACCCUAACAACUGAUGCUUCUACCAAAGGUUGGGGGCUGUGUUAG